AGUGUGUAGGCAGUGGUCUGACGCAGACUCGAUCAGCGCGAGCGCUUUAAUGCUUCUGAAGGACAGGAGCUGUGUAGAGCUGGACAUGAGGCUGACUCCAUGGUCACACACAGCAGGAAGUGUGUAUUGGUGUUCGGGGUCUGCUCUCGUUUAGCUCGAGUCUUCUGGACUUCAUGUGACGGAUCCACAAUGUUCAGUGCUGCAGCUUUCCCGAGUCUCCUGCUGAUGGUGAUCUGUGUGGUCAGCACCUCGGAGAAGCUGGGACAUGGAGAAGAUACUGAGUCUGCUGGAGAUCUGCUUCAGAUCAGCUCUUCUGAGGAGGAUAUACGGACUCCUUCUUCUGCUGGAUCUGGACCGAGCUUCAGCUCCAGUCUGCUGGACGCCACCGACACCUGGACAGAAGCUGACCGUCUGAGGGCAGAGGAAGUGAGCAUCUCGUCUCAAGACGUCGUCACCGAGGCCACCAUGUCCUCCGAAGACCUUCCUCUGAUCUUUGAGCCGUCUGAGGACGUUAUGCCGGCCAGAGCAUCAUCUGAACUGUCUGUCGCCAUGACGCCAGCGGCUGUAACCGUGGGAGACGCAGAGCUGGAGUGGAUGGUGUCCAUGGAUACGGAUCGCACUUCCUCUGAUGUCCGUGUCUCAGGAACGCUGGAGACGUCUGGAGCGAGAGAGCCAAUCACAGAGUCCCAUCUGGCAGAGGAGGAUUAUGGGACAACACGACCAGGUGAUGACAUCACACAGAGCGUCGUUACCCAUCAGGCUCUGCUGGACUCUGAGGUCGUUCACUUACCAGCGUCAAAACUGAAGACAGACAUCCCAAAAGAUCCCAGAAUUAAAGAGGAGCCUGAUGAAGAUGAAGAGGACGAGGAGAUGGACUCUGAGGAGGAGGAGAGUGAAGAGGACCUGACAGAGAGCACCGUGGCCCCCCACAGAAGUGCUCCGUAUGGCCUGAUCCCUCCUCCUCCCGUCUGGGUGCAGCAGAACCAGGGCCUGGUGCGGAGCUGGGUCGAGCUCAUCAGAGAGAAGGCUGGUUAUGUGUCGGGGAUGUUGGCUCCGGUGGGGAUUGGGAUCGCUGGAGCUCUUCUUCUGGUCGGAGCUCUCUACAGCAUCAGAGCGAUCCAUCGCAGGAGAAACAGCUUCAAACACCAGAGGAGGAAGCCUCCCAGAGAAGUGCGCAGUGGACCAGACAACACCAUGCUGCUGGCCGACAGUUCAGAAGAUGAGUUCUGAGGGUCUGGAGUCA